AUGGCCGAACGUUAUAUCCCAGAGCAUCGUCGUACACAGUACAAGGCCAGAAACCAGUUUCGGCCUGACGAGCUUCGUCGUCGUCGUGAAGAACAGCAGGUCGAAAUUCGAAAGCAGAAGAGAGAGGAGAACUUGGCCAAGAGGCGAGGUAUCCAAACCCGGGAUGGCGGUAUUGGUGUAGGAGGUGGUAUGGCUGCUGCCACUGAGAGCGAUGAUGAAGCCAGUGCCAUCGAAAGUGAGCUUAAUGUCGAGCUACCCGAGAUGGUCAAGGGUGUUUUCUCCGACCAGAUUGAAUCUCAGAUCCAAGCCACAACCAAAUUCAGGAAGCUGCUUUCUAAGGAGCGUAACCCUCCCAUCGAGCGUGUCAUCGAGACCGGUGUUGUCAGCCGUUUCGUAGAGUUCCUCCGGUCUCCUCAUACCCUGGUCCAGUUUGAGGCUGCCUGGGCCUUGACCAACAUUGCCUCCGGAUCUGCCCAGCAGACCCAAGUUGUCAUCGAAGCUGGUGCUGUGCCCAUCUUCGUGGAACUUCUGAGCAGCCCCGAACCCGAUGUGCGGGAGCAGGCCGUGUGGGCACUGGGUAACAUUGCCGGUGAUAGCCCCCAGUGCCGCGACUUUGUGCUCAAUGCUGGUGCUCUUCGUCCCCUGUUGACCUUGAUCAACGAUGGCCGCAAGAUCAGCAUGCUCCGCAAUGCCACCUGGACUCUCAGCAACUUCUGCCGUGGCAAGACCCCUCAGCCCGAUUGGAAUACGAUCGCACCCGCUCUCCCCGUUCUCGCCAAGCUCAUCUACAUGCUAGACGAUGAGGUCCUUAUUGAUGCUUGCUGGGCUAUUUCAUACCUGUCUGAUGGCACCAAUGAGAAGAUUCAGGCUGUCAUUGAGGCUGGCAUUCCUCGCCGUCUGGUCGAGCUGCUCAUGCACGCCUCCACCUCCGUGCAGACCCCCGCUCUUCGCUCGGUCGGAAACAUUGUGACCGGCGACGAUGUUCAAACACAGGUGAUCAUUAACUGCGGCGCUCUGCCCGCCCUUCUCUCCCUGCUGAGCUCCACCAAGGAUGGUAUCCGUAAGGAAGCCUGCUGGACCAUUUCCAACAUUACCGCUGGCAACUCCACCCAGAUUCAGUCCGUGGUCGACGCUGGAAUUAUUCCCCCUCUGAUUCACCUGCUUGCCAACGGUGACUUCAAGACCCGAAAGGAAGCUUGCUGGGCCAUCUCCAAUGCUACCUCUGGUGGUCUGCAGAAGCCCGACCAGAUCCGUUACCUCGUGACCCAGGGAUGCAUCAAGCCCCUCUGCGACCUGCUCGCAUGCCCUGACAACAAGAUUAUCCAGGUCGCUCUUGAUGGUCUUGAGAACAUCUUGAAGGUCGGUGAGAUGGACAAGGAGGCUGCUCAGUCUGGUGAGGCUCGUGUCAACCGCUAUGCCCUAUUCAUUGAAGAGGCCGGUGGUAUGGAGAAGAUCCACGACUGCCAGAACAACGCCAACGAGGAGAUCUACAUGAAGGCAUACAACAUUAUCGAGAAGUACUUCUCGGAUGAAGAUGAGGCUGGUGGUGAUAUUGACGAGCUUGCCCCUCAACAAACACAGACUGGCUUCACUCUGGGCACAAAUCAACAGCAGCCCGGUGGAUUCACAUUCGCUAGUGCCAACGGUGGUGACUCCAUGGAUAUGUAA